CUCUCCUAUCCCGACGUGGGACGUCAGAUAUCUCUAGUCCAUACAAUCCAGUGCAUUUAUAUCCGUCCUACGUUCCUCAAACCAUAUUUUCCACCUCACACGACCUUGUUAGAUACAUCUAGAAGCAUGCCCCUUACCCUUCCCCCCUGGCUCAACCCGUUCCCCUCCCACCCCUCUCCCGGUCUCCUCCUCUUUGGCGCCGACUCAUCGGGCAAAACCACCCUCUUGUACCGUUGGAAGACGCAUACCCGCAUCCGAACCAUCCAAACCAUCGGCUACAAUGUCGAGGACAUCACACUGGCCGACCCGCCCCUGCACCACGCUGUGCACCCCUCAACAGCCACCAUCUCCAAGCGACGGCGCACGCUGAACGUCUGGGACCUGGGCGGCUGCGACGGGCUACGUUACCCGAUGCACCAUUACGUGAAGCGCGAGUCGUCCGCACUGUUUCUGCAUGAUGUGACGGUGGAUGAGGAGCGGUUGAUGUUCAGUCUAGAGGUGCUAGGGGAUCAUGUGGCGCAGAUGAGAGGCGCAGGCGCGAAGGGGUUGUGGGUGGUGUUUACGAAGGUGGAUAUGUUGAAGGAGGAAGAGAGGGCGGAGAAGCUGAGAGCGUUGAUAAGGGUGUUUGAGAAUCGGUUGACCGAGUAUAUGGAUGUGGAACCGAAGGUGGUGAGUUGUCUGGCUUGCAGUGCUUACACUGGAGAGGGGGUUUGGGACGUCUUCGAGGAGGUCUUGAGUGGAAUACACCACAACAACAGGAGCUUGGCGGUGGCAGAUGAAACGGGUCCUAGCCCACCGAAGCCACUUCUGGAAGAUGAACUGGUCAGGACCAUCAAGGCCGCGGGGGCGAUUGAGGAGCCUUCGGAAAGGUUUUGGGCGGCAUUCCUUUCCGGGGAUCUUGAAGUAUGGGACCAUCGUGCCCAUCUGAGAGCGGGAUAUUUAAUCCUGCUGCAAACCGUUCGGCAGACGGAAAGGGUGCACAAAGCAACCGACAACUUCCUAGAGCAUCUGCAGAGACUUCAGGAGAAGAACCCGAAACGGUUCAGGGACACUGCUAACAGGACACUGACGAUGUUCUGGUUAUAUUGCCUAUAUGCUGCAAUACAGGAAUACAAGUCCAAAAACGGCAUGCUCGAGAUGCCCGGGCCAGGACAAUUCCAACAAGUCCUCCUCCUCAGGCCAUCACUGAUGGACACAUCGCAUUGGAUGAAAUACUAUCCAGAGGAUAUCACCUGGUUCCCUGGCGGCAAAGAAUCCUGGAUCCUGCCUGACACGCAGCGCCUACCGAUCAUCACUUUCCCAAUCGAGCAACGGGAACGCGCUCGGGUAAUUCCUCAAAAAAGGGGGGAUGCGGACCAAGAGCAUAUGAUCGAGUUCGCCUUCCAUUUCAUGAAGUACCACCUCACGCACCCCGGCACACCUCGAGGGAAGCGGAUCACAGAAGCGCUGCCGUCCCUGCAAUCGACCAUUUACCAAGCUCGAGCAAGGGGCUGUAGCAAUAUGCCGACAUAUUCCAUCACUCAUCUAUAUUUCUGGCUGCAAAUGGUCCAUGCCGCACUCGGAUCCCUGAUCCAUAGAGAGUCCAGCGUUACCACAGGGGAAAAACCACAUGAUGGCUCCGGUACCCUUUCCGUCGCUCUGGAGGAUAUCGACUACGCCAGCUUUUGCACAGUCUUCGAGGGCCACUUCAAAGGGUCGCUGUGGCGUAGGUACUAUAGCGAGAAACUGUGGAAUUCCGUGCUCGCUCGGGUGGAAUUUGUGACGUCGGAUAAGAAUCCACUUCCGGAUGUCCUGCGUGGAUCUGGGGCUCGCCUCCAUGAGAUGAUUACUUUCGGAGCAAUGCAGCAAGUGUCAUCGCUUACGGACGAUGACACGGAAAAAAUGGUUGCGGUGCCCUACAAGGUUCUUGACGAGGAUAGCGUCGCUAAGCGGGCAUUCUCGUUGUUUCGGGCGAGAAUGCUCCUUCAUGAGGUGGAACAAUUGCCGCAGGUUGAUCAAACGGCCAGUGAUCGGAGUCAUGCGCAUAAGAUCAAAUUCAUCUUUGAGAGCCUUGUCAAUGAAGUCAAUGACAUCGAUCCCAUGGCGCUAUCGACAGUUGUCAAUGAGGCGGUGCGGGAGCUUCAUGAAAUACAGGGGGUUGGGAUGACCGAGGCGUCGUUCUGGGCGCGCAUGGUCAUGAUAGCGGUUGCCAAAAGGAUGAAUAGUGAUCCGGAGAAGAAUAUGGACGAGGAUGAGUGGAUUGAAGUGAAGUCGAAGAAGUUGAACUCGAAGGACGAGUUUCAGAAGUUGGUUAUGGAGAACCCAGAACUGGCAAAGGAGGAAUUGCAUGCCGAGUAUUACUCUGCAGAGAUCUGGGAAUCUCGAGAGGCGUUCGAGAUGGUGCUGCCGUCUGAUAGAGGGAUCCUUCCGGGUGGAAUCAUGGUACUCCAAAGUUGA